AUGGAGCUGAUGGGAUCCACUCUCACUGCCACUUAUGCCCGACCAAAGACGAGCCACUUCCUUCCCGCCAUCUCCACCAUGGCGGCCAGUUACCGUGGCACCCAGCCUGCUUCACCCAUGAGCGCGAGUGCCAACCAGUGGAGGACCAGCAGCUACUACAAAAGCAACGGCCCCCUCCCGUCGCCCCUAUCCAUCCAGCGUGACAAUCUCGACUUAGUCCGGGCCAAAACAAUGUUCUACCCGUCCAACAGAACUGCCCUGUCCACUAGAUACACUCCCGAGGACUGGUAUAAAUCCAACCACAGCAACUACAGGGAGUCGGAGUCGUCUCGGAAAAGUGCAGAGAGGCUGAGGAAAGAUACGAUUCGGCUAAUGCAGGAUAAGGAUCAGCUGACCAGGAGGACACAGGAAACGACGAGUAAAAAUCUUGGAGAGAGGGUGAACGAUAUAGUCUUCUGGAAGUCUGAGCUGAGCCAUGAGAUCGAUAACAUGGUGACAGAGAUAGCGGCUCUCAGCGAGGUCAAGAGGCGGCUGGAGAGAGCGCUGGCCGAGACGGAGGGGCCACUUCAGGUGUCUCAAGAGUGUUUGUACCACAGAGAGAAGCGGAUGUCCAUUGAUCUAGUGCAUGACCACGUGGAGAAAGACCUCAUUAAGGAAGUGGAGGUGAUCAAAUCAUGCCAGGAGAGGAUGAGGAGGCAUUUGGAGAGAGCGGUUGCACAGUUGGCUACAAAUACUGCACGGCAGCAUGAACUGGAGCGAGACAUGAGCGAUAAAGUGACCGCCCAGAGAAUCGAUGACCGCUGUCACCAUCUGAGGAACACAUCCAAUGGGAUCGGCUACUACAGGGGCAUCGAGAGACUGGACCCUUCGCUUUCUCUUCCCGACACCUGGUCCAAAUUCACAGAUGACAACAUUCUGCUCUCCCAGAGCCAACGCGCCGCCUCCCACAAACUCCGGGACGAGAUCGAGAUCCUGCUCAACACCACCUCCAACGAGAUGUGGAGCCAGUUCAACAACGUCAACGUGUCUUUUACCAACCGCAUCUCUGAGACCUCCGACGCCAAGAACAGCCUGCAGACACAUCUGGCCAAGACCCUCCAGGAGAUCUUCCAGACUGAGAUGCUGAUUGAGUCUCUGAAGAAGGCCCUCAGAGACAAAGAGUGUCCGCUCAAAGUGGCCCAAACUCGGCUGGAGGAGAGGACCAGACGCCCCAACGUGGAGCUGUGCCGGGACAACCCACACCACAGACUUGUAGGUGAAGUUAGGGAGAUCGAGGACACCAUAUAUAAACUGCAGGAGCGUCUGAUCGAGGCGGAGAACACACUGCAGAACCUGGUGAAGACCAAAGUGACGCUGGAGCACGACCUGUCCGUCAAAGCCAACUCCCUGUUCCUGGACCAAGAGAAGUGCAUGAGCAUCAGAAAGAGCUUCCCCAGCAUGCCCCGUCUGGUUGGAUACACAUAACAGCAAACUAACUGUGUAAAGAUAGAUGUUUUUAUCAAUUUGGAGUGAUGAGUAUGAAGCAGGGUUGUCAAAGGUAUAAAAAAUCUGAUACUAAUCGAUACAGAAACUAAUAUCAAAACUAAAAACUCAUUUGAGCAACAGAUGAUGCUGUAAAACUCAUAUUAACAAGACUAAAUUUGAGCUUUCCUGAACAGUUUUAGAGUCAUUUUGAGCUUUAUCAGAACUAGUAUAAGAUCUCAUGGUAACAUAACGAAAGUACUAAUGCUUUGUGUAUGAAAAUGGCGUUCUAUUACUAAAAAAGGAGCAUGUUUUAUUUUUAUUCUGGUAUCGAGUAUCGAAAUGGAGUUUGAAAUUUUAGUAUCGUGACAACUCUAAUGUGAAGGUAGUUUUGUGUAAUUAUAAUGAAAGAAAGUCUUGUGUAUUUAACAUUAGGAAUUUUAACAGCCCCUCUGAAAAAAGUGUGUAAAAAAAGUUCAGAUGAAUAAAUAAAAAAGUAAUUUACCUUGUGUAUCGAUAAAGUUUGAGUAAGAAAUAAUAACACAUAGGUUUUAUAUCGCUCUUUUCACUGUAACUCAGUCACUUGACAUCGUUGACCGUUAAGUAUGUAAAAUUAAAAACACGAUUUAAAGAAAAGUCUUAAAAAAAUUUGAAUAUCAUGAAAAGUUCUAUAUUUUUUUUGUCAUUCACUUCAGAAAGUCAAACCUAUAUAUUAUACAGACUCAUGACGCAGAGAGAAGCUUGAGAGCAAAACAACUUUUUUCAUGAUAUUCUAGUUUGAGAUGACUGAGUCUGAGAUGUUCUAGAAAAAAAAAGUGCAUUAUUUUGUUCAUCUAAACAUUUGCUGCAUCCCCACUUGACCUUUUAAACUC